AUGUCAAACCACGAGCCACACGCUCACGAGGACGCGCCUCUGCUGGGCCAUGAGCGCCAACAUGAAUCCGAAUCCAUCAGCGACGAGGCGCCGAUAAUCAACGCAGCGCGAUGGCAGGUCAAGACGAGGAGCUCAAUUGUCAGAACCAUCGCGGUGGUGCAAUGCGCCAUCAUCGGCACCGGCAUGCUGCUGCUCAUUCCUCUCUACCGGCUGAUUGAAGACAGCGUCUGCCACGUCUUUUACGGCGACGACUCUUUGGACGUGAUUGAUGAGAUGAAGUGUAAAACGGACGAGGUCCAGGCCCAGAUGGCAUAUCUGCUUGGAUGGCUGGGCCUUUUCCACUCCAUCAUGAGCUUGCUCUCGACGUUUCCCUUUGGCAUGCUUGCCGACAAGAUUGGGCGCAAGCCGACGAUUCUCCUCGCUUCCAUCGGCAUGGCCUUGGGACCCCUUUCUGGCCCGUUUUUGCUCGGAUUUUUCCAGUCUGCUGUUCGCAAGAAUCCGUAUAUCCUAAUGACGAGCUCCCUCUUCCUCUUGAUUGGCGGCGGAACCCAGGUUGUACUGGCCAUGCUGUAUGCCAUGGCCGCUGAUGUUAGCUCAGAAAAGGAAAAAGCUGCUAGCUUCCUUCAGCUCACAUUUGGUGCUACUGUCGGUGGCCUUGUCGGCCCUCUGCUCAAUGGGUUCUUGAUGCAAAAGUAUGGCCCUUGGGUUCCCAUUUCUGUCUCCAUCUGCUGCAUGCCCUUCAUCUUCCUCUCAUUCGGCUUCCUCCCCGAGACGCUCCCGGUUGACCGGAGGAAGAAAGGAGGCGAUGGCGACCUAUCUGUUGAAUCACUCAAGCGAAAAGUCGGCGCAGCCCUGGUUGAGCUCAGAAAAGCUCUGGCCCUGUUUACAAACCCCAGCAUUCCUCUGAUACUCCUUACUUUUCUGUUCCAGGCCGCACGCUACACCGCCUAUACCAGCACAAUUUUGCAAUAUGUCAGCAAACACUUUGGAUGGCGCCUCGCGCAGACCAGCUUCCUCCUAUCGCCCUUUGGACUUCUCAACUUGAUCGUUCUGGCUGUUCUCCCUCGCAUCUCCACACUCCUCAUGUCACACCGCUUCGGCUACUCUUCCUUUAACAAAGAUUUGCUGUUGACACGAUAUUCUACCGUGCUGCUCUUUGUUGGCGCCGUCGUUGAAGGCUUCAGCCACAACAUUGUCUUAUUCAUCAUUGGUCUGUUCAUCGAGACCUUUGGAGCCGCCGUGAGCCCCUUGGCGCGAGCCACCAUAACGCACUACGUCGACCCAGAGCAUACUUCCACGCUCUAUGCCUUGAUCAGCACGACUGAGAUUUUCGGCACCUUUAUCGGAGGGCCCGCGCUGGCAUGGUGUUUCGACCAAGGCCUGCAGAAGAAGGGACUCUGGAUUGGCAUGCCUUGGUUUUACAUUGCGCUGCUAUGCUUCAUCGCCUGGACUGGGCUUUUGUUUGUGCAGCCGCCGGCAAAGAGCAGGUCAACAAACGGAAAUGGCGAGGACGAGAGAGUCGACUCUCACGAAGACUAG